AUGGGGAAGGACCCUCCGCACGCGCACUCCGGUGCGCCGCAAUCCGAACUCCCCUCCCUCCCCCCUCCCGCGCACGCGUGGGGCCGAACCAAGUCAUUCCAGCAGCAGGACUCGGGGGGUGCGGGGAGCUCGGGCAGCGGGGGAGGAUUUCGAUCAUGGUACAACACCAAGGGCGGCCUGCCGUUACAGGUAGGCUCGCACGACGACGACGCGGAUAAGGCGGCGGGCGGCCGCGUAGGGAGUGGCAGUGAGAAGAAAGGAGAGUUUAAUCAGCAGGGGCAGCAGGGGCAGCAGGGGCAGCAAAGUGAGCCCUUGAAAACGCAUCUACCGGCCUCUAUGCAGCCCCACCCGCCGUCGUUACAGCCCCCGCCGCAGUCGCGCCCGCAGAGCCUCUUCCGCAAGCCGCCUCCGCUGCUGGUGCCCGCGGGGGGGGACGCGAAGCUGGCGGGGAGCAGCAGCACGGGGGGGGGCGCGGGGGAUGCGCGGGGGAGCGGAGCGGCGCAGGCGGCGGCGGGGGGCGAGUCGCGGAUGAAAGGAGUGGCGUCUGUGUUUAAGAAAGGCAUGUGGAAGUUCGGGGGGCUGCGGAAAGAAAAGGAAAGCGCCGCCACUAGCAGUGCCGCACCCUCCGCCACCAGCAACAGCAGCAGCAAAGGGGGGGCGGAAGCGCAGGCGGCGAGCCCCAGGCACUUUUACUCGGGUCCCUUCCCCUUCCCCGCGGACCGGCGCAAGACGACCGAGGCGCGGCGGUCGCAGCUGCGGCAGGGGCUGACGCCGCUGCAGGGCGUGGGCUCUCCGCCGUCGUCGUCGCUCGCGGUGUCCGUUACGUCGGAUACGCACAGCACGGACAGCGACGGGGUUACCAGCGGGUUCAAUUCGCACGCGGCGUCGCACGAGGUGCUGUCGCCGCUACCCCCGCACGUAAAAUCGCCUCUGGUCGGAGACAAGCCAAAGAAGAAAGGGCUCCUAGACUGGGACUUGCUGUCUCCUAACGCCGGCGGCCUGCUCGGGAGUAAGCGCGGCGCGAAGUCGUCGCAGCAGCAGCAGGAAGCGGCGGCGACCGCGGCGGCGGCGCUAUUGAGUAGCAGUCGCAGCGGGCGGCACGGGGACUCGCUCGCGGCGCAAGGGCGGGGUGUUAGCAGCGGCGCUAUUAGCGGGCCCAUACUACCGGGGAUGAUGCCGGGGCGGCUCGGCAGUAAGGGCGCCGGUAACCCGCCUGCUGACGACAAGUCUCUCGAUAUAAGCUUCCUGCGAUUGCGGCAGGUGGAGUCGCGCCUCUCCGCGCACUUCCCUACCACUCCGCCGUCCGCGUCGGCGGCGGAAAAGCACCCGCUCCCCUCCCCCACUCCCCCGCUCGCGGGGCGCGGAGACACCCCGCAGCGUCCGCAGACGCCGGAAGAUCCGGGCGGACCGGAUUCGGCGCGCAAUCGAAUCCGAGUGAAGGGGUCCAGCAUGAAAGCGGAGGACGAGUCGCCCUUGUUACAGUCACGCGCGGCGGGCGCCGCCCCUGGUGAUUUCCCCGAGGGCGGGGCUGCGCCCGGGGGCAGCAUGCGGGGGGGCGGAAGCGGAGGCGCGGGGGAUUUCGCGGGGAAGUCAGGGCGGGGGGGCGCGGGUUCCGCGGGGGGAGCGGGAGACACGAUGAUAGAGGUGGAGGUGGAGGAGAUAGGCGAGGGCGGGGAGAUUAAGACUAAGACCAUCCCGGCGCGGCUUCUAGAAGCCACAGUGGUACAUCAGGGCGCUUCGGGGAGGACAGUAUCGGGUCGCAUUAUGUUGGAGACGGGCGAGGUGAUGGUGGUACAGGUGGAGGAGGACGACGGACCGCUCUCGCUCGCGCUGCAGGCGGCGCUGCCGCACGCCGCCAAAGGGGAACGGGAGCGCGCGCGGGAUAGGGAUAGAGACCGGGAGAAGGAAAGGGAUAGGGACAGGGAUAGGGAUAGGGAUAGGGAUAGGGAUAGGGAUAGGGAUAGGGAUAGGGAAAGGGAAAGGGAUAGGGAUAGGGAUAGGGAUAGGGAGCGGAGGGAGAAGGGGAGUUUCCGCGGCGGGGACGGCGCGGAUAGACCGCGGUCGAAGAGCGGGCGCGCGGGGGAGGCGGGCGCGGAAGGGGAGAUGCGCUCCCGGUCGCGGUCGAGCAGGGGGGAGUCCGCGCACGAGCACCAAAAGCGCGCGCACGGGCUUCGUGGGGAGGACGAUUCCCGCCCCAGGUCACGCUCUGGCCGCGGGGAGGGCGCGGAAGGGGAAGCGGGGGAGGCGCGGCCGCGGUCGAGGCAUAGCAGGGGGUCGGAGGGGCGGCGAUCGCGGAGCAUCCGCGUGGAUAACGCGGAGGACUGGGAGAACGGACGGCCGAGAUCGAGAAGCGGGCGGGGGGAUGAGUUGGGCGGGGAGGGGGAGGGGAAAGCAAGGAGCAAAAGCAAGGGGGUGGCAGAGGGCGGGGAGGGCGCUUUGGAAGGAACAGGGGCAGCGGAAGGGGCAGCGGCGGGCCUUCCCCCCCAUACGCCACGCCAGCGGCGCUUGGGGCGCACGCGGUCGCGCGUCCUGGAGGAAGCGGUGAAGGCGGCGAUGGGCGGGGACGCGGAAGCGGAGAGCACCACUCCGGGCGCCCUUGCCUCCGCCGACCCCCCGCUCUCCCCGCUGGACGCGGCGCAGCCGCGCGCAGACGACGCGGCGCUCACGCCAGGGUCGCGCGGAGGGGCUUCCGCCAAUGUCACUCCGCGCAGCAGAGCCAGAGGCGCGCGCGCUGGGGGAAAAGAGCCGGGGGAAGGCGGGGCGGGCGCGCUGGAGUCCCCCGUGGGCGCUGCAGCGAGCCCCGCGGGGGGGGAGAGGCCGAGGCGCCCGCGGGAGCGCAGGCGGACACAGUCGCGGUCAGGCAUGGAGGAGAUUAUGCAGGCGGUGGAGGGCGCAGCGGAGGGCGCAGGGGGGGCGGGGGGCGCGCGCACCCCUGUGAGCCCCUAUCGGGGGAAGUCGUUUGGGCGGGGCGAGGACGGGGAGAGGAGGGAGAGGCGGCGGGAGAGGGGCAAGGAGGGGGCGUCUCCGCGGGAGAUGGGCGGAGCGGGGGCUGCGGGGGGUGAUGGCGCAGCGGCGCAGAUCAGACACGCCACGCCGCCCCCCACGCGGCCGCCAGGGGAGAGGGGCUACAGUAGAAGCCGGUCGAGGCGCGUGGCGGAGGAAGGUGGGGGGAGAGGGGCGGGGGAGGAAGCGGGCGGGGCGGGGAGAGGCAAGCCCGCGAGGUCGCCGAUUGGGGGAAGGGGGAACAGACGGAGGCGGAGCGUUUCAAGGGUGGGGGAGGAGUUUGGCGCAAUUACUCCCCCUGUGGGCACGCCCACUGCGCUCACCCCCACUGGCGUUUCCCCCAUGGCUGUUUCCCCCGGAUUCGUUCCCCCGACCUUGUCCAAUGGGGAUGGGGGAGGCGCGGGGAGCAAGGGGGGAGACGGGGCGGAGGGCGCAGUUUCGGAUAUGUUUGAAGGGUUUCAGGGGGUUGAUUCAGUGGAAGCUCAUUCAACAGAACAUGAGGAGGGCGAUGGAAAGGAUGGUAGUGUGGUGGUGAGGGAAGGCUUCGAGGCAGCAGCGGCGGCGGAGAGCAGGGAGGAAAUGGAGGCGGGGGAGAAGGCGGCGCAGCAGCAGGAGGUGGCAGUAGCAGCUGGCCAGGUCGCCACAACAGCAGCCGCCCCUGCUACAGUUCUCCCUGCAGGCCCACUGCCAACGGUGGUGCCUGUGGCGGGAGUGGCGGGAGUGGCGGGAGUGGGGGGAGUGGGGGGAGUGGGGGGAGUGGCGGGAGUGGCGGGAGUGGGGGGAGUGGGGGGAGUGGGGGGAGUGGCGGGAGUGGCGGGAGUGGGGGGAGUGGGGGGAGUGGGGGGAGUGGGGGGAGCGGGCAUGGACGAAGAGGAGCGCAAGGUGCUGCAACUCAAGGGGCUGACGCGCCCCUCCGCGCUUGCUGUCGCCGUCUUCUCCCCCACCUCCGCCCGCCUCAUCUCCCCCUCCGCCACCACCUCUCAAACCACCUCCCCGCAUGCCCCUUCCCCCGGGUCCGCCCGCCUCGUCUCCCCCACCUCCGCCAGCAUCCUCUCUCCCACAGCUGCCGCCGCCUCAGGUGCCGCGUCAGGUGCUCCUUCAGGUGCUCCUUCAGGUGCCGUUUCCCCUGCCAUUGUGUCGCCUGCCAGCCAGCCGUCACCAGGGUCGGUGCGAGCAGGCCUCUUCUCAUCUGCAGCUGGUGCUGCUGCAGCAGUGGGAGGGGGCGUGCUGAGAGCGUUGACUCACAGCAAGUGGCGUGGUGGCGGCGGCGCUGCCAGUCCCGGCAGCAGCAGCAGCAGCAACGCCGCUGCAGGAGCAGGAGCAGCAGCAGCAGUGGUUUCCCCAACCGGUGACCGUGACGCGGCUCUCAUGCAACAGGCGGCGGAGGCGGCUGCUGCGUUUGCUGCUGCGGGGAGCAGCGGGCAGGGGAGCGGAGGCGGAGAGGGGGGAGGCGGAGAGGGGGGCGCGGGCGCGGAAGAGAUGCAGGCGCGGACGGCCGUGGGGAAGGCGAUCGUGCAGAGCCGGCUGGCGCAGGCGCGGCGGUGUGUGACAGUGGGGGAGCUGGACGUGAGUAACAAGCUUUCUGCGCGCAAGAGGGGGCAGUGGGGGCGGACAGGCCCGGGCAGCGGCAAGGAGAGAGAGGGCGACGUGCUGAGCCCGUGGGACAGGCUGAAGGAGACACGGAAACUGAUGCCGCUGGCGAGUUUCAGGGGCAGGGACGCGGAGGGCGAGGAGGAGGGCGGGCAUGUGGGGCUCAUGGCGAAGCUCAUGGGGCGCAGGGAGAAGGGCGCGCAUGGGGGAGGCGCGGAGGGGGAGGGCGGGGGCGAAGGCGGGGCCGAGGGCGGGGGCGAGGGGCGGGGCGAGGGAAGAAGCAUGAGGCGGAUGGGGUCUGUGGAGACAGGGACGAGGGUGCGGCUAGUGGAGCAAGGCAGGGCCGUGUCAGACGGGGCUAUGCUCGCCGCUGCUGCAGAGGCCGCCACUGCCGCCGCCACUGCUGCUGCCGCUGCUGACGCUGCUGCUGCUACUGCUCCUCCUGCUGCUGCUGAAGCUGAAGCUGAUGAUGGGCGUGGGAGCAGGGAGGGGGAUGCAGGCGCGGGUGGUGAGACUGGUGUGGGCGCAGCGAUGGAGGUCGAUGCAAGUGCUGCUGCUUUGGAAGGGAAGGGCGAGAGUGGUGGUGAUAUGGUUGUUGGCGAGGGGGGAAAGCUGGUUGUGGAAGAUGGGGCGGAUAGAGGCGAGGCGAGGGCUAUGGAGGGAGUGAGGGGAGGAGGCGGUGAGGUAAGUGUGGGGGAUGUGGAGAUGAGGGAGGAGGAGGAGGGAGAGGGAGGGGAGAGAGUUGGUGGGGAAUCAAUGGACGAGCAUGACAGGAUGGAAAGCGAGAGGUUGGAAGGGAGAGGGGAGGAGGAGAGGAUGGAGGAGGAGAGGAGGGAGGAGGAGAGGAGGGAGGAGGAGAGGAGGGAGGAGGAGAGGAGGGAGGAGGAGAGGAGGGAGGAGGAGAGAAGGGAGGAGGAGAGAAGGGAGGAGGAGAGAAGGGAGGAGGAGAGAAGGGAGCUACUUCGGGUGGAGGAGGAAAGGAAAGAGGAGGAGAGUAGAAUGCUAGCAAGGCUUGAAGAGGAACGACGCGAGAGCGAGAGGGUUGCGUUCGAGAAGGAAGAGGAGGAACGAAGGGAGCGAGAGAGGGCUGAUGAAGAGAGACGGGUUCAAGAAGAGCAACGAAUUGAGAAGGAGCGAGAGGAGGAAAUGAGAAAGGAAAAAGAGAGGGAGGAGGAGGAGAGAAGGGAAAGGGAGCGGGAGGAGGAGGAGAGAAGGGAAAAGGAGAGGGAGGAGGAGGAGAGAAGGGAAAAGGAGAGGGAGGAGGAGGAGAGACGGGUAAAGGAGAGGGAGGAGGAGGAGAGACGGGAAAAGGAGAUGGAGGAGGAGAGAACGGAGAAAGAGAGGGAGGAGGAGGAGAGAAAGGAAAGGGAGAGAGAGGAAGAAGAGAUAAGACAGAAGGAGAAAGCAGAAAAGGAGAGGAAGGAAAGGGAGAGAGAGGAGGAAGUGAGUAGGAAAACGGAAAGAGAGGAGGAGACGAUGAGAUUGGAGAGAGAGGAAGGGGAGAGAUGGGAACGAGAGCACGAGGAAGAGGAGAGGCGAGAGAUGGAGAGGCAGGAGGGAGGCAGGAGAGGCGGCGGCAAGGGGCAAGAGCAGGAGGCGAGGGGAGGGGGGUUGCGGGAGAAGGACAAGGGGGGCAAGAGCGAGCAGGAGCAGCUGCUGCUGCAGUUUCUGGAUGAAGAGUGCCGGAGAGAAGAGGGCUCAAAGUGGCAAGGUGGCAAGGGGCGCGGGAGAGGGCGACGGGGGGAUGAUGAUGCUGGGAGUGGUGGUGAGAGCGAUGGGGAGGGACGCGGAGUGGUGCAUGAGAGGGAGGAGGAUGAGGAAGGGGACCUGUAUGGUGAGUGGGAAUCAGAGAGGAGGGUGGAGGGCAGGGGAAGGAGAGGGAAGGCGGCAGAAGGGGAGGAGGAGGAUGACGAUGAGGAGGAAAGAUAUGAUGGUGUUGAAGCAGGUGUGGUGGUGGGGGAGGGAGAGGAAGAUUUGUAUGGGGAAGUGAGCGGUCGGGAGGUAGAGGUUGAGAGUGGUGGAGGGGAGGGUGAGGUGGUGGAGGAUGGUGGAGAGGCGGUGUGGAUGGGGAGAGACAGGGGGGUGAAUGCAAGGAAGGGUGAUUGGGAAGGAGCGGAAUGGGAGGAAGAGGAGGAGGAAGAGGAAGAGGGAGGAGUUGAUGGGGCUGAGGGUGGUUCUAGAGGGAGGCACGGAGAGGAGGGAGUGGAGGGAGAAUGGGAGGAGGGAGAGGGAAUGGUGGUGGAGGAGAAGGGAGGUGUGGAGGGUGGGGGAGAGAAGCGGAAGGAGGUACGGGGCAGGUUUGGGGUGAAGAGUGAGGGGGUGCGCGAAGGAGAGGAUGAGGAGGAUGAGGGAGGAGUGGUGGAGGUAGGGAAUGAGGAAGAGGAGGUUGAAGGCGGGGAAUGGAGAGAGGACGGUAAGAAGGGCACGCGGGAAGAAAGGCGGGCGCAAGGGGAGGAGGGAGGGCAGGGGGAUGGAAAGGAGGAAGGAGUGGGGGGUGCAGGGGAGGGGGGAGGUGUGGAGGGAGCAGGGGAGGCGGCAGGGGAAGUGGCAGGGGAAGGGGCAGGGGAAGGGGCAGGGGAGACAGCAGGGGAGGCAGCAGGAGAGGCGGCAGGGGAGGCAGCAGGAGAGGCGGCAGGGAUGGAGAUGGAACCAGAGGUGCUGCUGAUGCGGCAGGAAGGCAUUCGCGGGCCUGCAAGAAAGAGCACCGGGCCGGGCGUGAGCGAUGGGGAGGUGGAUGGGUUGGAGGAGGAAGGAGAGUUUGAUGAUGAGUAUGAGGAUGUGGAGGGGGAUUAUGAGGAGGGGGACGAGGAGGUUUACAGUGACGAGGAGUAUACGGAUGAAGAAGGGGAGUAUGAGGAGGAAUAUGAGGAGGAGUAUGAGGGAGAGUAUGAUGAGGAGUAUGACGAGGAAUAUGAUGAGGAGGGAGAGUAUGAGUAUGAUGAAGAGGGCGAGUAUGAGGAGGAGGGGGAAUACGAGGAGGGCGAGUAUGACGAUGAGGAGUAUGAUGAGGAGGAGGUGGGGGAGGGGGAGGAGCUAGAAGGGGGUGUGGGUGCAGGCCGGGGCAGGGGCACAGCAGCAGCGGGAGCAGCAGCGGCAGGUGGGGUGGUGGGUAGAAGGCGGGUGGGAGGGGCAGUGGGAGGAGCGGGUGGGAGAGGCAGGGGAGUGGGCAGGGGCAGGCCGCCUAGACCCCCGGGAGGGGUGCGGAGACCUGUGGCGGCGCGAGGAGGGGAGGUGGGGGAGCAUGGGGAUGAGGAGGAAGGGGAGUUUGAGGACGAGUAUGAGGAUGGGGAGGGGUUGCAUGAGAUGGAGGAGGAGGAGGAGGAGGGCGACUGGACAGAGGACGAAGCUGAUUUUGAUGAUGAGGAGUUGGGUGAGGAGGAGGACGAGGAGGACUUUUUGGAGGAGGGGGACGAGGUGGGACCGAUGGUGCCGCGGAGGAGGAUAACGGGGCGCAGAGGGAGGUACAGGGAUCAUGGGGACGACGAGGACGAGUAUGAGGAUGAGGAGUAUGAUGAUAUGGAUUUUAUUGAUGAGUAUGAUGAGGAGGACGAUGGGUUGGGUGAGAGAGGCGGGGAGGAGGAAGAGGAGGAGCGGCCACCGGAGUUGAUGUAUGUUCGCUCGCUGUCCACGCUUCGCCGCCCGGAAAUUGCGCAGAUGCAGGGCGGCGGCGUGACGCCCGCCGCCCGGCAGGUGUACUACGAGUUUGGGCCGAUCGGGGCGGCACGGGUGCGCGCGCAGCAGUGCCGCGACCACUGGUCGUGGCUCUUCAUGCAGUAUCUAGAAACCAUGCUGCCGCGCCUGGCAGUGCAAGAUGACGACGAUAUCAUGAGUCUCACCAGCACGGGGGAUCAUUUAGACGAUGACGAUAAUCUCGCCUUCCCCAGCGCUGCCAGCAGCACUGCGUUUGGGAGCAGCAGAGGUGCGACGACGGCGGUGGCCGGUGGAGCAGGGGGGGGUGCGUGGCCGGAAGGAGGGCCGGGAGUGAGAGUGCUGCGGCCGGUGGGGCGCACGAACAGGAACUGGUCGGUGGCGGGGGCGUUGAGGGAGUUUGAAUGGGUGAAGCGGAAGUUCCGGGGGGUGGCGGAGAGUAGCGAGCGGUUGAACGAGGUGCACGUGGGGGAGGCGUUUGUGGCGGGGCUAUCCGUAUGGCUCAAGUACUGGGAGCAGUGGGGGGAGAACCGACCCAAGUGGCAGGGCGAGGAGGAGGACGACAAUGAAGACGACCCGGCAGCACCAGGUGGGGGCGGUGGUGGUGGCGCUGGUGGUGGCCCAGGGGGAGGGAGUCUCGGGGGCACGUCCCCUGUGCGAUUCAAUGACUCUGCGACUAGCUCCCCCUGGAGGGACCUUCCCAACAGCUCCAAUAGCUCGCCCUGGCGGGGGGAUCGAGAUGACGGGGGGGACGGCAGGGGAAGGUACGCACACAGUGACCUGGGGGGAGGGGGAGGGUAUGCGGGAAGCACAGGAGGAGGGGCGUACGGCAGUGGGAGGAGGCCUAGUAGCGUGUCUGCAGGGUUGUCAGGCGCGGGAGGGGACGUGCAUACAUACGGGCCCAAGCGCUGGGGCCCUGAGGGCAGCUUGCAGUCUCGCCUUGUCGCCGAGGCGCUCGGAACAGGACAAGCGCUGCCAACCACGUGCCAGCACGACGAUAUUCUCCGGGUGGCGGGGCUGGCAGCGGCGAUCAGCAGCUGGCAACCGUCCACUGCGUGCAUGUGCCUGCUGCGCCUACUCGACCGCAUGGCUCAGUUCGAGCUCCUCUCCCUCGGGAUUACCAUCUCGCCGCACCGUGACGCAGCUGCUGUCGCAGCCGCCACGGCAGCAGCUUCAGGGGUUCACGGGUCAGUGAGAGGAGGAGGCGCGCUGGGGCCGUCGGCGCGGCAUCACCUGGCAGGGAUUGGCAACGAGGGGAGUAUGCCGUCGUCGCCUGCUGGGUCGCGGCGGCGCUCGGAGAGUUUCACGAUGGGCGGCGGGGGAUUGUCGGAGCAGAGCGGGCCUAUUCCCACGUCGUUCAGCGGGCUGGGGUCUGCUUUUGGCGCCGCGCCAGCGUCGGCAGCGCCGGCGGCACAGCAGCAGGCGGCAGCGGCUGCACAGGAGGCAUCGGCAGCAGCAGGAGGAAGGGGAGGAGCAGCAGCAGCAGUGGCGGCACCGCCACCGCCACAGAAGAAGUCAGGAGGCGGGUUGCUUGCCUUCACUGCGAAUUUCACCCGCCCGACCACUCCUUUCUUUGGCAUGGGGUCCUCCUCUGCUGCCUCCCAUCCCGCCCCCCCGCCUCCUGAACCCACUCCGCCGCCCGCCCCGCCGUCCAAUGUGAGCUCGCCACCUGUCUCGGACCUGUCAGGAGGGCUGCCGAUCGCUGUGGGGUCCAUGGGGAUGGCAGGGAUGGGGGGGCUGGUGAGGGCUCCGGCAAACCUCCCUGCGUGCCGAGCGUUCGUAAUGGCGUGCCUGAAGGCCAUUCUCUCGUCCCAGUACGAGAAAUCCGGAGGCGCAGCGGCGGCCAGCCGGAGAGCCAUGUCCGCAGCAGCAGCGGCAGCAGCAGCCGGUGGAGGAGCGGGAGGCGGAGCGCUGUCAGGCGCAGACGGAGCGCUGCUAUCAGUACGGUCAGCAGGGCGCAAACCGUGGUGCCCCAUCCGCCUGUCGAGCCUGGCGGAGGUGGCGCUAGCAGAGGGAAUCGCCCGUGCGAAGCACAGCGAUCUCGUGGAGCGGUGUGAGGAGAUCGACCGGCUGUAUGACUCCCUGGGGCUUGGUCCGGGACUGCUGGCCAUGAACCUAGCGGCUGAGAUGCGGGAGCUGCAUUUCCUGCAGCCGGGGGAUUUGAUCUCCCUUGCUCUGCACUACGAGCACAUUGGGCUGGAGGAGGCUGCUUUCCACGUGUGCCUGCGGGCUGUUGCCUCGGGGAGACUCACGACAGAUGGGUUUGACCAUGUGAUCCGCAUGGUGUUCCUGGGCAGCGGGGCGGAGUCCAUCAACGCGCGCUUCGCACGGCUGGCAACGGCUGUGAAGAACGCGCACAUCGCGAACGUGGAGGCCACGGGAGCGGCAGCAGCAGGCAUGCGCGCAUCUUCCUACAUCGCAGAGUUUGCAGAUGCGAUGCUGAGGAACGGGGAGCUGAAGCAGCACCACCCGUGGGCGUACGAGGUCACGCUCAACUUCCUCCGCAUGAACACGCGCGGCGGGGGCCUGGGCGGAGGCGGGGGUAUCGGAGGCAUGGCAGCAGCAGGCGCCGGGGACUGGCGCGAGAGAGAGCUCUGUGCCCUAGUGACUCUGAACCGCUGGCUGGGACUCACAGCGGCAGGGGGGGUAGGAGGAGGGCUGGCGGGAGGAGAGAAGUCGCUAGAAGCGGCGCAGGACAGGGCGGUGGAGAUAGUGGAGCAGAUGGCGCAGCCGGAGGUGACGGUGGGGUGGGCGGUGUGGCUGCGGAUGGGCAAGACGGUGGAAUCGGAGCAUAACCUGCCUGUGCUGCUCGAGUCCAUGCAAGUCAAAUCCAUCAUGCACGUCUAUGAGAGCAUAGAGGAGGACGGCACGUGCCAGGACGCGCAGCAGCUGGAAGUGUUCGACUGGGGGCUGCGCGGCAUCCUGGUGGGCCUACCAGAAAAGGACCCGGCAGCGGCGCUGCUGGAAGUGAUCUACCCCCUGGAGGAGGAGAAGGCGGACCUCACGCUCGCCAUGGCUGCGCGCCUGGCUGCCACGUCGUCCCCUGUGGACAGCCGCAUGUGGCCGCUCGCCAACACCACGUCGUUUGUCGCCCACCUGCUCGUGCUCACUGAUGGAUGUGCGUGGAUGGGGGGGAAGGGGAAGGGCGGAGGGAAGUAG